AUGGAAGAUAAAAAACUUAAACAUAAACAUAGUGUUAAUACUAUAAAUAGCGGCAACGGUUAUCAUACCUCAGAACCUUCGGAAGAUUUUGUCGAAUCAUAUGAUGAAGAGCUAGCAUCCAGGGCGACUUCUUACGAAAAUUUCUCUGAUGAAGACGACAUUGAUAAUAUUGAAGUUGACCCAACAAAGUCAACACCGCAUUAUCAUACUCAACGAGCUGAGGAAGUCAUGCAACAAUUGAAACUUGUUGCGAGUGCACCUGGCUGGAAAAGAAUGUUUACCCAUAAGAGUGGCGUUUCUGUAUGGACAAAACCUGGCAUUGAUAAUAAUGGAAAGUCAGUUAUUCUAAAAGGUGAAGGCGUUAUACACGGUUUCACUCCACAAACAGUAUUCGCGGUAAUAGGAAAUAGAAAACUCUGGGACGAUUGGUAUGAGGACGGCAAUUUGAUUGAAAAUUUAAACGAUUCCACAAGUUUGACUUAUAUGGUCAUUCAAGCAUUGGCUGGGUCCAAAGCACGAGAUUUGUCCCUGGUGGAAAAAAUAGAAUGCACUCCAGCAGGAGUCGUAUAUUUUGUAUCUACAUCUGUUGAGACUCCAAAAGUUCCACGUGUCGCAAACAGAAUUCGUGCAACAAUCAAACUUAAUGGUUGGAUUCUUGACCCGGUCUCUGUUAAUCCUCCAGCAACAAAAGUAACAUAUGUUCUAGAAACGGACAUAAAAGGGUGGGUCCCUUUUUUCGUUUCCAAGAAAUAUUUGGCCAGGCGUCCCCUUGUUAUUAGCACUAUUGAUCAAUAUUUGCAAAGAAAUGGACCACCACCAAUUAUUGCUACGCCCACGCCUCCACCCACUCGAAGACCUUCUCGUAUAAUUACAAAUUCACCCUUAGGUCGUCCAGCGACUAUCAUUAAAGU